AUGGGCAAACUGGCGCGGGCCAAGGACCGGCGCGCGAUCCUCGAGGCCACCAAGCAAGACAUUUGGACGAUCUGGUAUGCGGCCGAGCAUGGCAAGACCGACCGCGUGCGCUGUCUCCUCGAGAAGGGCCGCGUGCACGUCAACGUGGCCGAGCCGCACAUGCAAUGGACAGCGCUGCACUACGCAGCGCGGCACGCCCACGCGGACGUCAUUCAGGUGCUCCUCGAGCACCACGCCAACCCUGAUGCACAGGACAAGAAUGGCAACUCGCCGCUGCAUUUGUGCGCGGGGUAUGGCAGCUUUGAGUGCGCAAUGUUGCUUCUAGAAGGUGGCGCCGACACGCUGUGUCCCAACCACGAGAAGGCGACCGCGCUGGACAUGGCGACAGCGAUGGACCACGCCGACAUUCGCAAGCUGCUCCAGUCGUGGCGCCCCAUCGAGCUGAGCAUGCAAGAACGGGAGGCCAAGGCACAACGCAUUGCCGCGUUCAAAACCGCUGACGACAUCGCCCUUUUGGCCGAGCCUGAGAUGAUCUUUCUUGAACGACGCGCGCUCCAAUCCAAAGAAGCCACAUUGGGCUGUGAACACCCCGGCAUCAUUGCGACGCUCACCAAGCUCGCGUCGCUCUACCGAGACCACUUGCGAGAGGCCGACGCCAUGACCUCGUUGCGCCGCGCCGUUGCCAUCAGCGAGCUCCACUACGGCGACGACCAUUUGGAAACAGCCGUCCUGCGCAACAACCUCGCCGAGCUCUUGUACCAUGUGCAGCAGCUCGCCGUGCCACCCAAAGCAGCCUACAUCGAAGAGGCCGUCACGCUCCUCCACCGCGCGCUGCCUGUGAUUCGAGCCAAGGCAGGGCAGAGCCGGCGCACACACACCAAUAUGGACGAAGUCACGUGCUUGGAGAACCUCUGUCUCUGCUUGCAGUCGUCGACGCAGCACGCACUCGCCGACGCGUGCCUCCACGACCUUCUCGCCAUCUACGCAGCGACGUACGGGAGCAACCACGAGAAGGUCCUCCGCCUCCAACAAGCCGUUGCGGCCACGUAUCUCGCCCAGAAACGAUUUGACGAGGCGUAUACGCUCUACACGCAUGUGAUCGAAGCUACGUCCGCCAAGCACGGUCGACAGCAUCCGGCGGUCGCCCAUGCGGUCGAAGGUCUCGGCCGCGGCUAUUUCCUGCAGGGCGCCUUCGAGAAGGCCGAGACGGCGUUCAAGGAGGUGCGGUCCAUUCUGCAGCAGCAGCUCGACGCUGGCGACGAGGAUCGCAUGCGCGCGUCCAACAACCUCGCGGUCGUGGCGCUGGCGAAAAAAAAUCGGAAAUCGACCGAAGGCCGUCUUUUCUAG